AUGUUGGGAUCACGCAGCAACUGGCAAUCCCGUUUGUGUUGGUUUGUCUUGAAGGUAACUUUGUAUGGAUCCUGGUUACUUGGAGUAUUUGCAAACGAACUGCUUGUCCUUGAGUAUCAACACUUUGCCAGUUUGAAUGAGAAGAAUUGCCCCAAGUUCAACUGCCUCGUGAUUCAAAAGGCGGUUACUGUGAUUGGCCUCUUACUUACAUUCCUGAGUGUUUCCUACGUACUGCCUGGAAACAACUUCUCCGUGGAAAUGGUGAUUGUGAACUCCUUAAUGCAAUUCAGCAUCAAUUGCAAUAUUAUGCACCAUUAUGUCGGAGUCCUGUUAAUCUAUCGCUACUUAUGGCUGAUCAACGGACAACUAUUGGAACUGGUAACCAAACUUAAACUGGAUCAUAGGGUUAACUCAUCGAGGAUUCGUGAAUUCUUUUCAUUGUACCGUCGCCUUUUGGAGCUCAUAGGGAAUAUAGUGGCCGCCUACGAGUACCAUAUGACCCUAGUUCUUAUAACUGGCAUAGCCAGUAAUAUUUUGGCCAUAUAUUUCUGGAUUGUGUUGAACAUCAGUAUGAAUAUAAAUUCCUUAUGUCUGCUGAUUUUCCCGCAGUUUUUGCUUGUUAAUUUUUGGAAUAUUUGGUUGAACAUUGUCGCUUGCGAUCUAGCGGAGAAUGCUGGCAAAAGGACCCCAAAAGUACUUAAACUUUUCGCUGAUCUUGGGCUGAAAGAUAUUGAACUAGAAAGAAGUGUGAACGAGUUUGCAUUGCUGUGCAGUCAUCGCCAAUUUAAAUUUCACGUGUGUGGACUGUUUACUAUAAACUAUAAUAUGGGUUUCCAGAUGAUCAUCACCAGUGUCUUAUACUUGAUUUACUUGAUUCAAUUUGAUUUCAUGAAUUUGUAA